AUGCUAUCAAUGCAAUCGAAUAUGGAGAUUGGAGAGUCCUCUCGUUGGACAGCAACGGAAUCCAGCGAAUCGAGACCACCCGUGAAUAUGUCUUCGAACGAGGUGUUACUCGAGUGGUUGAAGAAACCAGGCAACUAUGCACGAUUCGCGAAAGGGGGUGACCCGAGUUACGUUAGCGUUGAUGGAAGGGGCGAAACCAGAUCGGAUAUGGCUCGAGAAGUGCUUGUCAUGUUGGAGGCGGCAGGGUAUCAAGGACGUAAUCAUAUAGCAACCGCCAAAAAGAUGAUUAAUUGGGUGAGGCGAUAUAAAAAAGCACAUGAAUUGGCAUGUUCUGGAGCGAAUGAACACAAGGUGAGGAAGACAUUUCCUUAUUACUACAACCUCGUGGAUUGCAUUGGCAACGACAGUGAGCUCCCUAUCAACAUACGCGAAUCGAGACAAAAACGACGAGGGCGUCAGAAAAAAGCCUCCAGCAGCAGUCGCGAUGUGAGCCUUGAUACGUAUUUGGAAGGAAGUCCACUAUCAUCAGCAGCUUCAUUAUCACCCUCACCCGGGCCUGAUUAUCUCUCGUCUUCCUCUUCGGCUUAUUCACAAACGGAUUACGUACCACACAUGCCAAUCAUCCGUUCAAGGCAACCCGAUUCUUCAACACUAUGCUCAUUUUCAGAACAAAACAUUAUCAAUGGACCACGACGCUUACCAGUGCCAAGCAUACAACCAAGGGGUAACCCUACUGUGAAUGAUAGCAACAACAACAACAACAGCAAUAACGAUAGCAACAAUACAACGCAUCAUCAUUGCCAAGCUACCAUGCAACGUAUGAUGGAAACCUUAUAUCAACAACAAGAAUACCACAAUCAACAAAUGAGUCGCUUACUGCAACAGAAUCAAGAAUUGCUUACUCAACAAGCUAAAAGUCACCGUAUACAUGAAAUGCAAGUUCAAGCUUCUUUAAUGGUGUCUGUGAUCGAUCGACUGAGUGCCGCAGGAUUAUCAAAGAAUGAAAUAUCGGCUCAUCUUUUGCAGCUUAAUGGAGGUUCGAAUGAGGAACAACAACAACAACUGAUACCACAGCAAGACCAAUAA